AUGUUACCUUACCUCAUUUUGACUAUUAUAAUUGCAGUUGCUGUGGCUUGGUUUUCUGGUAUUUUCGGUGGCAAAACUUCCGCAUCUACGAAAGCACAAAAUGGGACCACUGUCACCCCAAAUUCAUUACCCUCGUCACAGGAGAAAAAGGAAGUAACUGUUUUGUUUGGUUCCCAAACAGGUACGGCUGAGAUGUUUGCCAAGACACUAGCACGUGAGGGUGCACGUCUUGGUAUUCCCAUAAAUGUCAUUGAUGUAGAGAACUACGAGGCGUAUAAUAUCGAGUAUGAGCGACUUGUUAUUAUUGUGUGCGCCACCUAUGGUGAGGGUGAGCCUACAGACUCGAUGAAAGACUUCCACGAUUGGCUGAUGGACGAGGCCCGCACACCGGACGAGGAGCUCCGCCAUGUGCAGUACGCCGUCUUUGGCCUUGGCGACCGGCAGUACCGCUACUUCUGCGAGGAGGGGGUGGCGGUGGACCGGCGGCUGGCGGCGCUGGGGGCCCGGCGGGUCUACGGCCUCGGGCUGGGCGACGCCGGCUCGGAGCUCGAGGCCGCCUUCGACGAGUGGCGGCGCGACUUGUGGCCGGCGGUGGGCCGCGCCCUCGACAUUACCCUCCGCGUCCCCGGCGAGGAGCCCAUCGUGCCGGAGUGUCGCCUGCGCCGCUGGGACGCCAGUGAGGCGGAGCCGCUCCCCUUCCCGCGCCUCGCAUCGGUUCUCGAACCAACACAGCGACUACCAGCGUGGGUCGCCGUGCAGGGGAAUACGGAGCUACUCCAACACACAAAGGAACGUAGCACACGCUGUAUAGAGUUGGAUCUCAGGGGAACUAUUAUUUCAUACCAGGGAGGUGAUCAUUUGGGCGUCCUCCCACGCAAUCCAGAGGCAUUGGUACGAGAUUAUCUUACUUUACUGGGUGUAAGUGAGGAGGAAGCACAGCAAGUAUUUUCCUUACAAGAUAAAAAAACAGGUAAAAAUGUUUUUCCAGCUCGUGUUACAAUUCAAACAGCACUCACAUGGUAUAUUGAUAUUGCUGGACAACCAAAAAAAUCAACUUUACGUGCCUUUGCUCAUUAUUGUACAAAAACAGAAGAUAAAGAAGAGCUUCUACGUCUUUUACGUGUGGAUCCAGAAUCUGCAAAAGAAUUUACUAAACUUGCCUCUAAGUUACGUAACGUAUACGGUUUUUUGCGAAAGUUUAGCUCAGCAUCUAUUCCUAUUGAAGUUUUUCUUGAAAUGAUGCCACGUAUUACACCACGUUAUUUUUCAAUUUCUUCAGAUUUGCUUUCACAUCCUGAACAAUUAAAUAUUACAGUGGCCAUUGUGAACGGUGGACUUUGUACAGGAAUGUUGAAAGAUGUUAAAAUAGGUGAAAAGAUUCCCGUUUUUGUACGUAAAUCAAAGUUUCAUUUACCACUUCGAGCGAAGGAAAGACCACUUAUAAUGAUUGGUCCAGGAACAGGUGUGGCACCUUUAAUUGGUUUUUUGCAUCGCCGUAACGCAUGGAAAGCGAAAGGAAAUCAACUUGGAAAAGCCAUGCUCUUUUUUGGUUGUAGAAAGAAGGAUGAGGAUCAUAUUUAUGCAGAUUUUAUGAACGAAUGUUUGAAAAACGGUACUUUAACCGUUUUGGAUGUUGCCUAUAGUCGAGAACAAACCGAAAAAGUUUAUGUGCAAGAUCGUAUAAAAGUGCGUGCAGAUGAAAUUUGGGAAAUUCUUCAGGAUGGUGGAAAUCUCUAUUUGUGUGGUGACGCCAAACACAUGGCCAAAGAUGUGGAAAAGACGCUAAUACAAAUUCUCCAGGAGAAGGGAUCCAUGAGUGAGGAUGAGGCAACAACUUACCUUACAAAACUCGCAGAUGAAGAGAGAUACUUGAAGGAUGUCUGGUCCGCAUCAUAG